AUGAGCCGUCGUCAGCCAGCCAUACCCAAGCCCGAAGGUUGGAACACCUGGGACUCGAUCCCGUGACCUAUUAGUUAUUUAGAAGUCAAACGCCUCUAACCACUGGGCCAUGGGCCCGUUACCCUGUCGGUUUAGAUCGGGAAUAUACGGUGGUAGGGGGUGCUCACCGAUCGCUCUUACGGAACUCACUCCUUCUGUUGGUUGGGCUCGAGAGAGAGCCCGUAGGGCACAACGGAACGAGUGAGUUCCGACCGACAGGGCAACGGGCUCGUGGCCCAGUGGUUAGAGGCGUGGACUUCUAACUAACAGGUCGCGAGUUCGAGCCUCGGGUGUUCCACACUCCGGGGUUGGGUGUGACUGGCUGACGACGGCUAUUAAGCCGGAAAUGGCCAUUCUAAUCUUCCUUGUCUUUGUCGGUAAUAACAUACUAACAUAUGUAUGUCCUUGAAUGCGGUGUGGUGGCACGCCUAGGUGCGGGUUCGGCCGCGCCAGCCGCCCGCGUCCUCUCCUGCCUCCGGCCUCUUCACACCGAGUCCAGGUGGGAGAGGAGAUGAGAGUGCGAUGGAGGCAGCGCAAGUCACCAUGCUUGCUCCCACCCUGCUGUGGAGCACACAAUAGACAUGACGGUCGAACUGCCAGUUACGUGUUGAGAUUGGCCCUCUGAAAAUGUUGGUCAACUGCCCGGUCAACUGGUACCUCGUUUCUCUGAUCGAUUUGUCUACUAGGUAUAUUUGUGCUUUGUUACAGCGGGAGAUAACACUAUAAGAGUGACAUUUGAAACUCUUUACAGCAGCUUUAGUGAAUUCGGUGGAAAAUUAUCCGGAAUCCCAGGUAGGAUAUUUGGUUUGCUCGUAACUGGACAAAGUCCAAAAAGUCGUCGCGCAUUUCUUUUAGUAAAUGGGAUGUCUUUUAAUUAGCUGUCUUUAUGACAUGACUAACGAUUUACGUAUACGUAGCAGUCGCAUUAUGAAGAAGAAAAUGAACUCAGACCUGGGAGCUCUACUGAACUCUUUUUAAAAAUGCGCUGCGUCAGUGCUCUUGCAUAGCUCAAGGUCAUUCGUCUGCGCUGUAGGUCGCAUCUGAAUAACCGCAGCAGGCAUCUCCACUUCUGUCACCUAAAUGCAUUCUUUAAGUUUUUUUUAAACUGUCAAGUCCUUGAUUACUGAGACUCCGUAUAAAAUAAUCUAGUGGUGUCAUACUCAAAGAGCGCGUAGUUCGAAGUUUAAGUAAUUUAUGCUUAGUUCUAGGGGUGGGAAGUAGCCUAAUGGGGUAUUUUCGGGCAACCUUGACAAAAUGACGUUGUGCUUUAUCUUACUGAAACACUAACGUGUCCACACUAUUAUCAAAGGUGACAGUGGUUUGAGAAACUGACACAACAGGGGGGUAGGAACGUCCCGUAAUGUAGGUGGCCUAGCGCUUGUAGGAGUCAGCUCCCUCGAUCGCCGCCAUAUUGUCAUGCUGCCCUUCUGUCCGCCUCACGCUCUUUGACGAUCGGAUGCUGGGACCAAGUAAGGCCUGUUGUUAGCCUCGCAAGAGCUCGAAGCGAAUCAACGUGGCUUCCUCGCUGAUUAGCUACAGAGAGACACAACUCAGACAGAUCAGAGGCGUACGCACGCACCCACACACCUGAAUGAAGGUUAUUUGGCCAGCUAUCCAAGAAGUGUCUAGUAAACGUACCCAGCAGGAGGGGGGGAGCACGGUCAGUCCACCUGCCCACAGAAAAUAAUUUUCGAGUUUUUGGGUAUGUAGCGGCCGCUCCAGCGCCCCCUUCUCCGGCUCCAUUUUGUCGGUUAAUGACUGCGACCACCGUUGACAGGCCGUUGAGACACAGCCACUACCGCCGGCUAGAACAGGGGCAUCUCCUGUCCAGCUACAGUGACUCCUGGCUGUCCUCACAAACUUUUAUCACUUCACGCGCAUCGGACGACCUGGCUGGAUACCCGUGAACCCCUAUGAGUAUGUGCCCCCUAUUCCCCUCUAAACCGUCCAAUACAUGACUAACACUUAGCCAGUCACCCCCCCCCCCUCUUGCUGACGCCGACAUUCACUCCUGCGUAAACAACACACUGCGACUGACGCUCUCCGGGAACGGACUCUUAGCUCUGACACAAGCAAACAGCCAACUCACGGCAAUCUGCCAUGUGUACAAAAUAAAUAUGUUAUCACAGCUCCUUGACUUCUGACAUAAGACGGAACGAAGUUAUUGUGUGCAGUUGCAGUUGGUCCUACAUCCUUGACCGCCACAGGUACUCCCAGAUAUCUGCGAUCGGAAAAUAAGUGGCGUGCGCUCAUGCACACAGCACAACUGCCUCCCCCCCGCACAGACGAGGCCUAACUGAUGAGUGAACAGCACGGUCGAACAGAUAUUUCAUCACGCUUUUGCCACUCGCUAUUCACGGUUGGCGUAGAUAAGGUAUCAAUCUGCACCGGAUCGAUGUCCGGCAUCUGUUUUUUCAUAUAUGAAUAAGCACUCACUUUACCCCCACCGAAUGUAGCGGGUAAUGAUAAUAAUAAUAAUACUAAUAAUAAUAAUAAUGAUGAUGAUGAUGAUGAUGAUGAUGAUGAUGAUGAUGAUGAUGAUGAUGAUGAUGAUGAUGAUGAUGAUGAUGAUGAUGAUGAUGAUGAUGAUGAUGAUGAUGAUGAUGAUGAUGAUGAUGAUAUGAUUUCGGCUCUGCGAUGUGGUUAG